CGUCUGAGCAACGGGAGUGCCCCUAACAAAGAUGGCGGGAGAGGCCUCUGUGAGGGCAGGCGGAUUUAACACCCAAACCCGCGGCGGCCAGCAAAGACAGUGGUAGCGGUGCGGCUCCGAGCAUGGAGGGCGGCAGCACUGGCAGCGGUGGCAGCGACAGCAGUCACAGCGGGAGUGGCGGGGCUCAGCAAAGAGAGCUAGAGCGCAUGGCUGAGGUCCUGGUCACCGGGGAGCAGCUACGGCUCAGGCUGCAUGAAGAAAAGGUUAUUAAAGAUAGACGGCAUCAUCUCAAAACCUACCCAAACUGCUUUGUCGCCAAAGAGCUGAUCGACUGGCUGAUCGAGCACAAAGAGGCUUCUGAUAGAGAGACUGCAAUUAAACUUAUGCAAAAAUUAGCAGACCGGGGCAUUAUUCAUCACGUAUGCGAUGAGCAUAAGGAAUUCAAAGAUGUCAAACUCUUCUACCGCUUUAGAAAGGAUGAUGGCACCUUCCCAUUGGACAAUGAAGUGAAGGCCUUCAUGAGAGGACAGAGGCUAUAUGAAAAGCUGAUGAGCCCUGAAAACACACUCCUACAGCCCCGGGAAGAGGAGGGGGUCAAGUAUGAGCGCACCUUCAUGGCGUCUGAAUUCCUGGAUUGGCUAGUUCAGGAAGGUGAGGCCACCACAAGGAAAGAGGCAGAGCAGCUUUGCCACCGGCUAAUGGAGUAUGGUAUCAUACAGCAUGUGUCCAACAAGCACCCAUUCGUGGACAGCAAUCUUCUCUACCAGUUCAGAAUGAACUUCCGGCGGAGACGAAGACUGAUGGAGCUGCUCAAUGAAAAGUCCCCCUCCCAGGAAACCCAUGACAGUCCCUUCUGCCUGCGGAAGCAGAGCCACGACAAUCGGAAAUCUACCAGUUUUAUGUCAGUCAGCCCCAGCAAGGAGAUCAAGAUCGUGUCUGCGGUGAGAAGGAGCAGCAUGAGCAGCUGUGGCAGCAGUGGCUACUUCAGCAGCAGCCCCACCCUCAGCAGCAGCCCCCCUGUGCUCUGCAACCCCAAGUCUGUGUUAAAGAGACCUGUCACCUCGGAGGAACUCCUGACACCCGGGGCUCCAUAUGCAAGGAAGACGUUCACGAUUGUUGGCGACGCCGUCGGCUGGGGCUUUGUGGUGCGAGGAAGUAAGCCAUGCCACAUCCAGGCCGUGGACCCCAGUGGCCCUGCAGCCGCGGCAGGAAUGAAGGUCUGUCAGUUUGUCGUCUCUGUAAAUGGGCUCAAUGUGCUGCAUGUAGACUACCGGACCGUGAGCAAUCUGAUUCUGACGGGCCCGCGGACGAUUGUCAUGGAAGUCAUGGAGGAAUUAGAGUGCUGAGCAGAUGGACCUACCAACCCUUUGGGCACCCUGUGGAUGAGCAAUGCCAAAAUGACACAAAGCAAUGCAAUGGGGACAAGACUUCCAUACAAAUGGAUGGCUUUGGACAUACAUAUCUUUUCUUUAUAAAUACACAUCUUGAGUUUCAUACACUGUCUGAAUGUGGAAGAACCAGGUAAUACAUCUUAAAAACAACUAUGUCAGUGUAGAAAAAAUUUGAGAAAGAAUUUUCUUACUUGGUAGAAUUGCCUUACCUGUUUUCUAGUUGUAGUUUUUAUCCACUGUUUUAUUUUUUUUUUCUUAGUUUGCCGAAAAUGGUCGAAAUGUUUCUCUAGCCAAAAUAGCAACAUACUAAAAUUCUCUUCAUCAGAAUCAAUAGAGUGGUUUUUACAGACUUAAUUUGUACUCUCACCAAAAUGAGCAUGAAACUGUUUGUUAAAGGAUGUAGAUAAAUUUUACUGAUCUUCAAAUUAAAGCAACAUUCAAAGGAAUAGUACCUGUUAAUUAGCAUUUUGAAGAAGAUUUUAAAGCAUUCAAGUGCUUAAAAGCCAUCAAAAAUGGCUUUUUCUUAAUUUCUUUAACUAUGGCAUUAGUUAAAAAAUAAAAACAAACAUUGCGAUGAUAUGGUGGGUAGAUAGGGAGAUACUACUUAAAAUUGUUUGUUUUCUCUCUCAGAGCCUAAGUCAUUUUGUUCUUUCAAUCAGCUCCAGCAGCUUUCUAGAAUUAAUGCUGAAUAUGUUGAAUGUCAAAACAGAGAAGUUUGUAUACAUAUAUUUCAAAAUCAAGCCUCUGGCAAGAUUUCACCUUGAAGUUGUCCCUUUUUAAGUGAAGUAUGCUAGAACUCGGCCCGCGUGUGAUAAAACUUGAAACUAAAUUGCCUUAUUGGCCUGAAUUUUUACUAACUUUCUGGUGUAACAUUCUAAGCACAUGACAUGCUGCUUAUCUGGUGGGAUUAUUUUUCACCAAAAGCACCAUCUUGUUUUGUAACUUUUCAGCUCACUUGUAUAUAUGCAUGUUUCUUUUCUUUUCUUUUAUCUAGAAAAGAAUAGAUUUGGGAGCUUGGUGUAUAGAGGAAAUUCCUCAAAUUAGGGAGUCAGAGAAUUCUAAAUUCUUCUUAAUUUCAUAUAAUGCAUUUUAAUGGCAAGGUUACUUUCUUAUUAUAUAUUAAUAAAAUAUAAAUGUUGUACCUCA